AUGCAUAUCCUUACGAAUCAAUGGACUCCUCAUAACUACAAAGAACCAAAUCGUCAAAGGAUUUAUCUUAAAGAUAUCGACUGCCCCCAACAAUGGCAUGACCACCUCAAACAGCUUAUCCCUCCUCCGUUGUUCUAUUUAAACAAGUCACCAGAGAUGUUUGAAGGCCCCGGAGCGAAGACAUCAUCGUCAAAUGACGAACUAUUAGCACGAUCAGCUUCAGGGAGGUCUAUUGCUAAAGCCGGGGACCUCAUGAGUUGUCUUCCGCCCUUCAUGCGUGCUGAAAACUUGAUGUGCUAUAUUGGUCACGAAGGGACCUACACGCCAGCCCACCAGGAGAUGUGCGCCAGCCUUGGACAAAACAUCAUGGUUGAAGCCUCAGAUGGUUCUGUUGAAUACGGGCAAGCAACCAAGCCAGGGUCUUCCAUUUGGUUCAUGACUGAAAGCAAAGAUCGUCACGUCGUAGCUGAGUACUGGAUGUCUACGCUGGGGCAUGAUAUUGAUAUCGAGGAUCACUUCGCCCAGAUUAAUGCAUGGAAAGCGGCCCCGUUCAAGACUUAUGUUGUCGAACAAAGACCGGGGGAUUUUCUCUUGGUUCCUCCACUAGCCGCACAUCAGGUGUGGAACCGGGGAACGAGAACGAUGAAAGUAGCAUGGAAUCGAACUAUUGCAAAAACAUUAGAAUUGGCCUUGUUUGAAGCUCUCCCACAUGCUAGAAUGGUAUGUCGCGACGAGCAGUACAAAAACAAGGCCAUUGUCUUUUACUCACUCGACCACUAUUCUGAUCUUCUUUGUGAAGUGGGCGACAGCGGCGCUUGGGGCCUUCGGGUGCAGUUGCUGCUAGAGGAUUUCGAGCUUUUAUAUGAACUUUAUACCGAGAUCCUGCUUUCCGAGAGCUUUUCGCAUGAUCCACCGAAAGAGAAGGAUUUUGAAUACGUUCCUUUCGAUAGCAAUAUUACUUGCUCCUAUUGUCGAGGCAACAUUUUCAAUAGAUUUUUGACUUGCCCCUGGUGCAUUGGUGAGGGAGAUGACACCUACGACAUUUGCAUGGAGUGUUAUACUAUGGGCAGAAGCUGUGCUUGUAUAUCAAAGUUAAAGUGGGUUGAGCAGUUCCGUUGGAAUGAACUGACUGGGAAGCAUGAGAAGUGGAGGCAGCAAUUACUAAGGUUCGCCGAAGCUAAGAGUGAUAAAUACCUAUGUCUCCCCGCGAAGAGGGCCCAACUGGGCAAGAAAACUCUAGCCGAGAUAUGCCAUGAGCAGAUGAAACGUCGCCCCUGGGUCGAUGUCACAAAUCCGGUCUGUCAGCGAAUAGAGGAAAAGAACAGUGGUUCGGAGAAUGCUACCCCUACUCGGAAGCGAAGGAAAACUCACAAAAGCGAUGCAUGCACAAAAGGUGGCCGAUGCCAUAUUUGCAAAUGUGCUGAACCUAUGUGGAAGCUCGCCUCAUGCUCAUACUGCAACUUGAGUUACUGCUAUGGUAGUCUCUUCAGAGCCUUUAAUAUCCAACCACAGGAUACCAUGGAGAUGUAUCACUGGAUGUGUCCUAGAUGUCAAAAGAUUUGCAGUUGCGCUGCAUGCCGUCGAGAUCCGACCAUGAAUCCUUACGAACCAAGGUACACUUUAUUGGGCCACGACACUAGGAAGGUAGCAGAUCCGCGCAGCGUGGAAAGUUUGGUGGAUUUCCGUCAGUCCAACCUUCGAUGGCUGAAGAAGGCUGGUGACGAUGAAGUAGGUCGACUGAAAAAACACCAGAAAGAGGCAGAUGAGAAGCGCAACAAAGCCUUGGUUGAUAGCCGUAUUGAGCUAGAGUUCCCCCAGGUAGUGGAUGAAUAUUCAGAGAGUGUUCAAUUGACCUCCCCUGCAGCUGGGUACUUUAAGGACUAUAGAGACAUACCCGUGGAUCCUGCACUGGAGAAAUUAGAUGGAUCUUUCCUCACUCCGCCGGAAUCCAUCAGUCAGUGA